UUGGGAGGGGGGGAGAAAGAGAGGGGGAGAGAGUUGCUGAUGCUUCUGUGUGUGGAAGGAGAGGAGAAGAGGGGGGUAAGAAAAGAGGGGGUGCCCGUCCCACAGCCCCGGAGAGCAGGCGGGGCGGCGGGGAAGGGGGGCGCGAGGCAGAGAGCGAGAGAAGCUGAAGACAAAAAAGAGAGGAGAAAGAAGCCAAAGGAGGAGAGGAAGAAGAGAGAAAGGAAAGGGGGAAAAAAAAAAGAAGCCCAGCCCGAGAUCGAGACCAUGAACCGGAGGAGCAAACGCUGAGCAGCCCCUAAAAGGGGAGGGGAAAAAUCCCCCCCCAAAAGAAGCAGCGGUUUUUCCCUCCCCCCCCUCACCGCCACUUCUUUUCUUUUGAUCUCUUCUGGGGCUCCUUGAAACUCCGCCGGGAGCGGAUGGAACGUUGAGGCCACAUCAAAGGGACAGGCAAAACAUCCGAUCGAACGUUGGGGCGGCCAAUCGGACGCCGGCCAGAGAGGCGCGCGGAGCAAACGUUCGGAGCCCCGACUUUCCCUUUUUUGGCCCCCCUCCCUUUCCUUUUUUAUUUUUUAUUAUACAAAAAUUCCUUUUGGGGGGCCGUUCUUUUUUUUUUUAAUCUCGUUCCUUUCGUUACCUUUCGGGAGCCGUUUCCGUCCCGCGGCGGCUGUUGGCCACAUUGUUGCGGAGAGAACAAUAGGAAGGCUUCAAAGAAGGGGGGGCUUGUGUGUGAGUUGAUUUUUUUGGAAAAGGGGGGGUCCGGACCCCCUCGCCGGCUGCUGCCCCGGGAAGCUCCCCCCCUACUUCAAGUGGUGUGGAUGUAACCCUCCCCCUUUCGCCUUCUCCACGCCCCCCCGCCGCUCCUCCCUCCCACCGGAGCCCCCCAAAACUGAGCAGGGACGGAAGCUGGCUUGUCUCGGUGGGAAUAUGAACCAGCAACAGAGAAUGGCCGCGGCUGGAACGGAUAAAGAGUUGAGUGAUCUGCUGGAUUUCAGUAUGAUGUUCCCGCUGCCAGUAGCUAAUGGGAAAAACAGACCCACAACACUCGCGAGCACGCCGUUUGGAGGGACAGCAGGUUUAGAUGAACGGCCAGCCUCAGGUUCCUGGACGACUGGAGAUCAAAACAACUCUACGUUUGACCAAGUCAGGCAGGGCUAUGGCGAAGGCUCACACUACAGCGAGCACAGGGACCUGCCAUCCCAUAAUAGCAUAUCUUCGUCCUCAUUCCUCGGUUCUGGGAUAGUAGGAAAAGGCACAGAAAGGGGGGGCUACUCAUUCAGCAGAGAGGCAGGCAUGCCACCUCUCACUCAGUCUGGCUUCCUGCCGGGUGAAAUGGGGAUUUCAAGUCCCACCACACUCUCCCCGACGGGAGUGAAGGGAGGGUCACAGUACUAUCCUUACGCCAACAACCCUCGCCGGAGAGGGGCCGAAAGCAGCAUAGAUGGACAGCCGAAAAAAGUUCGAAAGGUGCCUCCGGGACUCCCCUCUUCGGUGUAUCCACCCAACUCCAGCGACGAAUACAACCGGGAACCAGGUGGCUACGCCCCUUCCAAGCCUCCCAGCACUGUGUAUCCAGGAGCUUUUUAUAUGCCAGACGGUCUCCCCAACUCGGCUGAUCUGUGGAGCUCCUCCGGCACCAUGGGGCAGUCAAAUUAUGGGGCCAUUUUAGGCACCUCUUCCUCUCCGCUCCCGCAGCCAGGCAAUUUCAGCGGUCUUCACCAGCAUGAACGGAUGAAUUACCAGAUGCACCCCGGAGAAGUCAACGGCGGCCUUCCCUCUGUCUCCGGGUUUUCAUCCGCCUCUACCCAGUACGGCGUUUCCAGCCACACGCCCCCCAUCGGUGGGACAGAGACCGUGAUGGGUAACCGAGGAACCAGUGCUGGAAGUUCAGGGGACGCCCUUGGGAAAGCUUUAGCUUCGAUCUACUCCCCGGAUCACUCAAGCAAUAAUUUCUCUUCUAACCCAUCCACGCCGGUGGGAUCCCCUCAGGGCAUAACAGGUUCUUCACAGUGGCCCCGUGCCGGCGGGCAGGGUGCGCUAUCCCCAAGCUACGAAGGGACCCUUCACACUUUGCAAAACAAAAUGGAAGACCAUCUCGACGAGGCGAUCCACGUCCUUCGGAGCCACGCCGUCGGUCAGGGCAACCACAGGGAAAUCCACGACCUCCUGGCGUCCGCCUCCGCGCACAGCACCUCUGUGGGCAGCCUCAGCCAAUCCUUCCCCCCGGCCUCUGUCUUGCCCAUCACCAAUCGGCACUCGAACCUGGUGGGGGGAAGUCAUCCUGAAGACGGCCUCUCCAGCAACCCCAACCUGCUCCACAACCAUGUCGCUCUUCCUGCACAGACGAGUUCGCUCCCAGAUCUCAACAGGGGCCAAUCUUCAGAUGGCUUCAGUGGCUUGACAGCGGGUCUCGGAAGGGCCAGCGUCUCGUCAGGCACCAGCGAGAUCAAGCGGGAGGAUAAGGAGGAUGAUGAGAACACAUCAGUGGCCGAUAACUCGGAAGAGGAGAAAAAGGAACUGAAGCCUUCCCGCAACCGAACAAGGUGCUCACUGGACAGUCAAGAGGACGAUGAGGAAGACGACCUUCUCCCCCCAGAGCAAAAAGCCGAGCGAGAGAAAGAAAGGCGGGUGGCCAAUAACGCCCGCGAGCGCCUGCGGGUCCGCGACAUCAACGAGGCCUUUAAAGAGCUCGGCCGCAUGUGCCAGCUGCACCUUAACAGCGAAAAACCGCAGACCAAGCUCCUAAUCCUCCACCAGGCGGUGUCGGUGAUUCUGAAUCUGGAGCAACAAGUUCGAGAACGCAAUCUGAACCCCAAGGCAGCUUGUUUGAAGCGUCGUGAGGAAGAGAAAGUGUCUGGCGUCGUGGGGGACCCCCAGAUGGCCCUUUCAGCCUCUCAUCCGGGUCUGGGCGAAGGACACAACCCUGUAGGACAUAUGUAAAGGUUUUUACUUUACGUGGGGAGCAGACGUCCGCAAGGAAGAAGGGAAAGGCAUUUUACUGACUCACACGCAAACACAUGCCCCGACGUGUGUCUGCACCAAAAACGAAGCAAAAACUGCGCAGCCCUGUUUCAAAUACCCGACGCACGGCAACGGACUUAUCAGCUUGCUAGAAGGAACUUGAAAAGAAAAGCAACGACGUUGUCAAAUCAGAAUAAGAGAAGAAAAACAUACACAAAACCAACUGCAAAGUUUGCCUUAAGUGUAUAUUGUGGAACUCUUGAUACAUAUCCUUGGGGGAUCUUUUUUUAAAAAAUACAAGUGGCUUGUUCACAAAAGGCCAGCAGGAAAAACAAAAUUGUGCCUAUGCGUUUA